ACAUUGCAAAGAAUAGUGAAGUCGUAGCUAACAUGAUGAUGAAAUUACUGAGCAUAACAGCUGGCGUGGUGUUGGUGAUGUGCAUCAUACAACUGGGUAAGUCUAUACAAAUAGUCGUAUUCUAUACGCUUAUCCAAUGUUUUCACAAACCGAACAUCCACUAAAAGAAAUUACUCUCUCUCACUCUCCCCCUCAUUCUCUCUCACACACAGGCUCACUCCCUCACUCUCUCUCCCCCAUUCUCUCUCUCCUUUUUUUCUCUCUAUAGCAGUCUCUUUUCUUAAAGUUGUAUUUUAUUAAGGGUAACCACUUUGCACUCCUUGCUUUCAUUUAAUUCUGUUUUACUUCCCCUGAUUCUAUCACAUCUUAGUUUAAGUUCAACGUAAUCUCUUCAAGCUAGAUGCCAAACUCUAAAUUUAAUAUAAUUCAACUUUCAGGAAAUGACGCUGACGCUCAGCCAGCUGGGAAGCCUGGAGGUCCAGGGGGACCCGGGCACCCUGGGAGACCCGGGGGCCCUGGGAGACCUGGAGGCAAUGAAUGUAACCGACCCUGUACUCUUGAACGGGUCCCAGUCUGUGGCAGUGACGCUAAAACCUACUCCAAUGGUUGCGCACUCAAUGCCCAAAACUGUGGCAAGCAGGCGAACGCGAAGAUAACUCAGGCGUACACGGGCGAAUGUAGGGGGCGACCCAAAGGGGGUCGUCGAGAUUAACCAACAGUGUUGUUGUCAAUCAUGAACGACAGUCGAGAGCAUAACAAUGAAUGAAUCAUUGUAGAGUUGUAGUUUUAUCAUAAUUGGUAUCAAGAAAUAAGUAGAAUACUUGAAUUAUUAAGAAAAUAUUUACAAAAAAAUACAAAAUUUUUAAAACUUUGUUGUUAGAAUUAUUUGAUUCCAUGUACACUUGAAAACUUGGCUAAUACACGUGCUGUUGUUUUUUUUUUUUUUUUUUGUUGUUGUUUUUUAGUUUUAUUUGAGAAGUUGAUUGCUUGGUUUUUUUUUAACUUCCAAGUCGCGUACUUUUCUGGACUUUCUUUUUAAAAUAUCAUUUUUCCAGAUUCAUUUUCUUUUAAAUAAUGAUCUAAUUAGACAAUCCCGUAUGAAUACGAGUGACACAAUCACAAUCAGGUUUAUGAUAAUGCAUGCAAGGCAUAGAAUUAGAAGGCGUGCCAUGGGAAAGGUUUUUAAAAAUUAUAAUUGUAUGUUGACUUUUCAAUAAAUUAUUGAAAUUAUAUGUUAUAAACU